AUGGCGACCAGUCCGAUACUCAAGGGUGAAGCUUUUAGCAAAGAGAAAACAGCGGAGAUUGCGCAGCAAUUCUUCCGUGAUGGGUUCGUUUAUAUUCCGGGCGUGCUAACUGAAGGUGAGGUUACUGCACUACGCGAGAAAAGCGAUGAACUUUUCGCGGACCCACAGCUCGCAGAGAGAACGAAUCCCGACCUCGCGGAUGUCAGAUACGUCCAGAUGGGCGGGCACGCCGAAUCGGGUGAGUCGUUGCCCUUCAUUUUACGAAACACGAUUGAGUUGGAUCCAAUCUUCCGGGAUAUGCUCCUUCGAGAGCCGAUUCUGAGUUUGGCAGAAGCGAUCGUUGGUGAGAACUGCAAGUUUUGUGGGCAGAAUGUGCUCCGAAACCUUCCCGGACUCUCGAUUGACCAAUGGCAUGUUGACGGCUCGGUUCACUUCCCUGUUACCGAUGAGAUGCCGCGCCACGAUUCCCGUCUGCGGAUGCCUGUGAUGUGGUUUACCGUCCAGAUGGCGUUGAACGAUAUUGAGACAAUUGAGGAGGGACCGACGCAGUACGUCCGCGGAAGUCAUUACUCUGGCAGACAUCCCAACGAUCAGGACAAUCCUGAAUUUGAAGGAAACAAACCUGCCUCUAUUCUCUGCAAGGCGGGCGACAUCUACCUGCAGGAUCCGCAGUGUUGGCACCGCGGCGCACCGAACUUUUCUGGUAAAACACGCUAUAUUUUACAGUCGCAGUACGCCGCCUACUGGGCAUACUGGCGAUUUAGUCUCUGCAACGGCGUGCCUGUCCCAGAAGACGUUCUGCAAAAUGGGGAUGAUCGGUUGGUAAGUCUCUUAGGACGUCCGCGUGUAAGUGACUUGAAUUAG